AUGUUUCUCAAGGAUGUGGAUUGGGGCAGUUUGGACUAUCUUAUAAUCGAUACGCCGCCAGGAACAUCAGAUGAGCAUAUCUCCACGGUGCAGUUUCUUCAAGUGUGUUCGCUUGAUGGAGCAAUUGUUGUGACUACGCCUCAGGAGGUGUCAUUGCUGGAUGUUCGCAAAGAGAUUAAUUUUUGCCGGAAGACAAAUGUCAGAACGCUGGGCGUGAUCGAGAACAUGUCCGCAUUUGUCUGUCCCUGUUGCGCUAAUGUUACCCAGCUUUUUCCACGCACAACCGGUGGCGCAAAAGCGAUGUGCGAUACGUUGGCAGUGCCGUUGCUUGCUUCAUUACCGUUUGAUUCUCAUUUGGCUGAAUGUGCUGAUGCGGGCGACGAUUUUUUCGAGAAAUAUUCCGACUCUGUGUUGGCCAAAGAAUAUGAAAAACUUGCCCGGCUAAUCUGCAAUUUAUAG